CCGCUAUCGGCCCUCUUCCGUCUGCAUGGAAAAGCCAAUCCGGACCAAACACCAAUCUGUCCAUUGAUUAGCUGAUCGGCAACCUCCGAGCUCGAGCGGAGAGAGUAGCGAACUUGAGAACCAGGCGAAUCAAUCACUCGCUUUGACCGACUACCUUCUCCACGAAGUCAGUAUUAAUCAAUCAACGCCUCGACUACCUCCAUUCUUGAUCAGCUGAUCGGCAACAGAUAACUCCCCCGUAUGCGUGUCGGUUUGACCGUCUGUCCAGGAACCGACUCGAGUCUAUCAUGGUCAAACUUAUUUAUUGUUGACAUUAUCAUGCAACUAACAAUAACGAACUGCUACCUAUUUCAAUACCUCCCUUACAAAAUAAUCUGGCACAAAGAGAUAUCACUGAGUCGCAACUGAUUUCAUUGGUGUAUCAAGUAGGACGGAGUAUAACACACACACACACACACACACACACACACACACACACACACACACAAAAAGAGAGAGAGAGAGAGAGAGAGAGAGAGAGAGAGAGAGAGAGAGAGAGAGAGAGAGAGAGAGAGAGGUGACAUGCUGCUUCAUGGGAAGAGAGAAUUGAUGAGAGUUUCGAUCAGAGGAGAUUCCUAGACCUUGAGAAGUCUUUGACCACGACUAUUAUAGUUAUUUUUUUGCACAAAUCAGUUUGUAACGAUAAAGUAAUCUGUGAUGGAGAUGAGUGGAACGUCUAAUGUGGAGGUGAUAACAGAGCAACAAGGGGAGGCAAUGACGGCGAACGGCUUAGUACCGUCAACGACGCCGUCAUUAGAGUUCCCCCCGCCGCCUCCUCCUCCAUUUUCCCACCCGUGCAACCUCUCUCCGAUCAUUGCUUACACCCAUCAAGCGGGCACGAUUGAUCAGUGUACCUCCGACUCAGAAGCUGGUGCUACUUAUCCCUCAUGUCACCAGCAACAACAGCAAGCGGAAUUCCCCGCGCUUGCGCCAAGCGGAACGUUGUCAUCAGCGGCGCCAGUCUCAGCCGCUUCCUCCCCAUCGUGGACGCCCUCAUCGGGUCCGUUUGCCACGUGUAUGGUCGGCGUGGUCACCUCCUCCUAUGCCAGCCACAAUCCCUUGUCUCCCUCCCCGGCGUUUUCUCACAUACGACCUCUCUUGCGCGGGUGCUACACGUCAGCUACUCGACCGAUGAUGUGUCCUCCACAUCAGAGGGUCGGCGGAACGCAAUUUCUCGACGGUUCAUGGAUCUUCAAAAGUUCUGGAAAUCGUGUGACGACAACAGCUUUGACAGUGCCUGUGCACGGGGAAUCGGAAGUUGGACCCCACCCACACUCCCUGCUAGUGAAUCCCCAGAGCGGCGCUGGCAGCAGGAAGGCCACCAGGAUGAUACGGGGAAGAACAGAUGCCAUGCAGAUACAGAAAGCUGCUCUCAAGACGGCAAAAAUGCUAAUCAUCAACGAAGAAAACUCCCACCAGCGAAAGCGAUUGGCAGAGGGGAAGGACGACGCGGGGGUCGACCUCAAGUCUAGACGCCCUGGCGACGCGUAUGAGCAGCAGCGUACGGAGGAAGACGAGGACGAUGAAGAGGAAGACGAUGAGGAUGAGGAGGGGGAGGAGGAGGUUGGAGAUGAGGGGGAGGAGGAAGAGGAUGAGCAGCAGGGAGAUGAAUGUUCGAUGGGUGAAGAUGACAUGGACGCUGACGAAGACGGAGGGGACGACAAGGAGGAGGAGGAAGAAGAAAUAGAUGUGGAGGAAACAGAAACAGGGGAAGAGGAGGAAGAACAAGACGAGGAGGAGGAGGAGGAGGAGGAGGAGGAGGAGCAGGAAGAGGAUGGGGAGGAGAAAAGGGAGGGAGAGGAGAACGCGAAGUACAAGAUGACGGUGGAUACAACUAAGAUAGGAGUCAACGCUAGAACCCCUACUCUUGCCAACCGCAGCGGGAUGACACCACCACACCCGGAAGGCCAUAACCCGAAGAGGAGGAAGAAGAAGCGACGACGGACUGCAGAUAACAACAUGAUGAUAAUGAUGACAGGCCCAACUCCCAUCACCGGAAGGCAGCAAGUGCCUUCUUCGCCGUCCUGGCCACGCUGCCGCCGCCCCCGGGCGGAGGCGAGACGGCAGAAGGCUACGACGACGAGAACGAGAGAUAACUUCGGAUGGACGGCCGGAAUCGUCAGAUCCCUUCUAAGAUUGCGCAAGGAGGUGCGAGAGGACCUCGGCAUUGAUUACGGUCACCACCCCUCCAACGUCUCUGUCUGGAAGGAUAUCGCUGUCCGCAUGUACCAGAAACAUCCGGAGACGGCACGACUAGACGCCAUGCAGUUCAAGAACAAGUUCAACAACCUCAGAUCCACAUGCGCGUCAUACACCGAAGUCCUCCGGCAGGGGCUGAGUGGCGACGAAGGCGAUGGCAGCAUCAAUCUGUCGUUCGGACUGUGUAGCGGGAGGUCGUCGGCCGCCUCGCGAACGGUGAUCGUCGACAACCAUCCCGAUGACGAGGGCGGGCAGGUGACGGCUGUUGUGCAGUCAUUGAAGUCUCCACCGCCGGUUUGGGAGGCGUCGGGGAACAACAGGGAUCCUCCGAGGCAGCAAUACCGGACGCCGUCUGUGUCGAGGGGUGCCUCAACUCGCCCCCUGUGGAUGCAGUCUCCGUCUCCCUUGUCCGCCAGUUGGACUGCAGCCCGCCGUCGAGGCGAAUGCGGGGAGACUGAUUGUGUCAUCAACGAUGUUGGUGAUGCACGUGAAGGGAGGGAGGUGUGGGCAGAACAGCGACGGACGCUUCAUCCACAGCGGGAGGAAUCCAUAACUUGGGGGAUGCAGCGACUGCGUGUGGGGGACCACGAAAACGACGGCGACGCACCUGCGGUGGGCGCGGACGAUCAAGAGUGGAACGACGACGACGGCGAAGGUGGGGAGGAGGACGCAGGCCACGUAUCGCCGUUCAAGCAAAGCAGCAUGGGAGGGAGGGGCGGGAAGACGAGGGCGUGUGCUCUCAAUGGUCGUCGGGGGAAAAAAGCGGUGGGAAAGGGGAGCGAUGCCGAAGCUGACGCUGAUGCAGAAGGAGGUCGUCAGUUCUGGUCCGUGGACGACAUGAUAGCCCUCAUCCGGGCUAAACGUGACCAAGACGCGCAUCUGCAGGGCAUGGGUACCGCGUUCGCUUGUAUGAAGCCGCGAGAAUGGAAGUGGUUGGAUGUGGAGCAGAGGUUGAAGAAGGUGGGCGUCGACAGAGAAGCAGAACAGUGCGGGAAGAAGUGGGACAAUUUGAUGCAGCAGUUCAAGAAGAGGUUGUGGAAGGGAUUCAAUUUCAACAUGGAUCGUGCGGUUUACGACGAGAUCCUGGGGUCGACCGCCAAGAGCCACACCAUAAACCUGAAGAACGUCGCCGACACUGGUUCUCCGGGUGGUGUGCGUCUGCCAUCCGCCACUUCUGCGGAUCAUGAAUCUGUGGGCGAUGGGGACGCUGUUGCAGGGCACGACGACGACGACAGCGACGGCGGGUCGACGAGAGGUUCUUCUCAGACGAUGGCAAGCUCUGCCGGUUUCGGCAAGAGGAAGAGCACGAGGCAGCAAACUUUCGAAGCACUGACGGAAUGUAUGGAGAAGCAUGGGGCUCUGGUGGCGUCGAUGAUGGAGAGCAACAACAAGCGCCAGUGCUCCAUCCAAAUCCGGCAGUGCGAGGCUGGAGACGUUGAUCCGAUUCUGACGACAUGUUUCGCCAUCGACGUGGAGAUCUUGACAUCGCGGGUGGUCAAGCUUGAAGUGGGUCUGUCGCAUGUCAUGUCGUCCCGCGGUUCUGGACGCGGCAAGUCCGCCGGGAAACUGGCUGUUGAAGCGGCUAUCCGGGAGAAAAAGGGCCGCCACGUCGCCAACAAGCACAGGAUGCUCGUCGAAGGCGGCUCCCAACUUGCGAGAAACGUCGAGGAUGAAGAGUGGGUGGCGGAGGAGGCGGCGUCGCAGGUGGAAAGCGACUUCGAGGAAGAGGAGGAAGUGUCGUUGAAGCGGAAGUCGUCAAGGAGGGGAAGUGGAGCCCUUCGGAUCGAGGACGUUGGCGAAAGACGAGGCGGAGGAGGCCGUGCAUUAAUGGAAGACGUCAUCGACGUCAACGCCGCUGCGACAUCCAGGCGAGGCGGGGGAACUGCCGUCACACAGCAACAUCGUGCGCAGUGCCACGUGUGAACGAAGCCCCGGCCGCGCAAGAGGUUGUCGUCCGCUCGCGAACACCAGCAACCUCACGGGCGACGACGACUAUAGACGUUGGCAUGAAUGGGCGAGCCGUCGGUCAGGGGAACAAAAGCCGCUCUCCUAC